AUGUCUAUUGAAUCAGUCAAAGCCUCCGUCUUAUUUGGCGAGAAAGACCUUCAAUUUAUUGAACGCUCUCUAGAAUCUCCCGGUGCAGACGAGGUCCAAGUCUCUGUCGACUCAACGGGCCUCUGCGGCUCAGAUCUGCACUACUACAACCACUACCGCAAUGGCGACAUCCUCGUCCGCGAGCCGCUGACGCUGGGCCACGAAUCCAGCGGCACAGUCGUCGCUGUAGGAUCCGCCGUAACGAACCUCCGGCCAGGCGAUCGUGUCGCGCUCGAGGUUGGCCUGCCAUGCGAGUCUUGCGAUUACUGCAAGAGCGGCAGAUACAACAUCUGCAAAGGCAUGAAGUUUCGCAGCUCGGCCAAGGCGUUUCCACACAUGCAGGGGACGCUGCAGGAGAGGAUUAACCACCCUGCUCGAUGGGUUCACAAGCUCCCCGACGGCGUCUCCAGUGAUCUCGGCGCCCUGAUUGAGCCUCUCUCCGUCGCCUUACACGCCUAUCGCCGCGCUGCUCUCCCCGCCUCAACUCCAGUCCUCAUCUUUGGCGCAGGAGCCGUUGGCCUUCUCUCAGCGGCCGUCAGCAAGGCCAUGGGCUCACCAGCUGUCAUCAUUGCCGACAUUCAAAAAGACCGCGUGGACUUUGCCGUCAACAACGGGUUUGCUGAUGCAGGCUUCGUUGUGCCCUUGGCCAGGCCGCAGACCAUUGACGAGAAGCUGGCCUAUGCGCAGCAGGUUGCGGAUUUGGCUGGCAACGUUGAGAUUGGAGGCGUGCCGGUCGGCCAGGUUGGGGCUGUGUUUGAGUGCACCGGUGUGGAAUCUUGCGUGCAGAGUGCCAUCUACGCUACAAGACCAGGCGGAAAAAUUCUCAUCAUUGGCAUGGGCACCCCCAUUCUCACUCUGCCCCUGUCUGCGGCUGCCCUUCGCGAGGUCGACAUUGUUGGCGUUUUCAGAUAUGCUAAUACAUAUGCCGACGCCAUUGAGAUGCUGCACAAAAAGGACCCCGUAUUCCCCGACCUGGAAAAGCUCAUCACACAUCGAGUCAAGGGGCUUGAUGCAGUCCAAGAGGCGUUUAGCUUGGCGGGGAAAGUCAAGGAUGGUGAGGGUAAACUAGUUCUCAAGGUUGUGAUAGACACGAAGAAAUGA